GAACUAUGACUGAACUACGAUGAUCAUGAUGGAGUAUGAGGUAUAGUCGUAAUCAUAAAUUGAUACGCGCGAGAAGAUAUAUAAAUUAAGUACGAUGUGACGGGAGUAUUAUAUUGGAGAGACAAGAAUAAUUUUCAACGUGACGUUAAGAGAACAGGCGUUACAUUUAAAUGGUAAUUCGGUCCGUGAGACCCUCAGGCACACGACAUUCGAGUGAGAGAGAUCCUCAUUUUCGCGAUGGUUGCUAAUUAUAAAACGGACAUUCGCAAAGCCUGUCUCUUCGGUACACGUGUUCUCGAUGUCGCAGGAAAGAAAAAGAAAGGAAAAAAAAGAGAGAGAGUCUCAGGGAGUCGUUCGUAAUUCCCAUAAUGGCGAGAAAAUCAACGUUUGCGAAAGGCUACACAGUGUAUAUUUUUACCCCAGCAAAGAUUUAAAAAAGAUGAAGGAAUUGUAGAGAAAGAAUAUAUGCUAAAUGUUGAUGCAAAAAUAUACAAAAUACAUAAAUGUCUACACAUUAUGAAUCUCCUGAGGUAACCAUUGUCUUGAGCAAGGAAGAGAUUCACAAGAGAUACCAAGAUACAGCAAUGGUUAUAUUUAAUGAGCAACAAAGUAGAAAGAAGAAAGUUGUCAGUUACCUCACUUUUGGGAGCAGUCGCAGAACAAUAGAAUAUAGUAGUAAUGGAAAUCAUCCUAUUAUUAUACGAAAACCUGCAGGUUCUGUGAUUACACAGAACACUCCUUUAUCCUUGCAGAUACCGAGAGAAUAUCAUAAGCCAAGUGAAAGAUGUGCAAUAACUUGAUGAGAAUAAUACAAUAAUUUGUUCAAUAAACUUAGCUGUUUACAUUAACAUUAUAGUAUUAGUUUCAAGGAAAUCUGUAUAUAUACAUACAUUAUAAUAAUAUUAUAAGGUUUAAA